AAAAGAGAAUCAUUUACACGUCAGGCAUAUUGAAUUUUUCCAAAAAUAUCUCUGGACAAUUUUGUUUCGUCAUCUCCUACAAAUUCCAAAACCUAAUUGUUCUAGAUAAUUUGUUCGCCUGUGAAUCCGAAUGGCUUCUCGUGGUAGACGCAUGCUUCUCAAAGUUAUAAUCCUUGGUGACAGCGGGGUUGGAAAGACAUCUUUGAUGAAUCAAUAUGUGAACCGCAAGUUCAGUAAUCAGUACAAAGCAACUAUUGGGGCAGAUUUCUUGACAAAAGAAGUCCAAUUCGAGGAUAGGCAUUUCACCUUGCAGAUUUGGGAUACAGCUGGACAGGAAAGAUUUCAAAGUCUUGGAGUGGCUUUCUACCGUGGUGCAGACUGUUGUGUUCUUGUGUAUGAUGUAAAUGUCAUGAAAUCAUUUGAUAAUCUCAACAAUUGGCGUGAGGAGUUUCUGAUUCAGGCUAGCCCUUCUGAUCCCGAGAACUUUCCAUUUGUUGUAUUGGGGAACAAGAUAGAUAUUGAUGGUGGGAAUAGUCGAGUGGUAUCUGAGAAGAAGGCAAAGGCAUGGUGUGCUUCCAAGGGAAAUAUUCCUUAUUUUGAAACUUCUGCCAAAGAAGGUUUCAAUGUUGAAGCAGCUUUCCAGUGUAUAGCAAAAAAUGCUCUCAAAAAUGAACCUGAAGAAGACAUUUAUCUUCCGGACACCAUUGAUGUUGUCGGGGGUGGACAGCAACAGAGAUCUUCAGGAUGUGAAUGUUAGAUGGACUAAUGGAUGGUUUCUUCAAAUUGGGGAACUCAACAUUGGACAUUUCUGAUCGAUUCGUCAUGCCCUAAUAAGUCUGGAGAGAAUGUUACUCAAGUCCUAUGUAUCAAUACAAGUGCUUAGUCAGAGAGAUAUUGAUAAUGUUCUAUUUUCAUUUCCUUGCCCUUGCUUUCAACUUUUUAUUCUCGGGAAUCUAAUUGUUCACUUGUGAAUGUUGGAUUUUAACCAA